AUGUUACCUGCCUGGGGGGCCCACGGGUCAGGGGACUGGCAUGACUGGGACUGGGACACAGCCAAGCAGCUCAUUUUUGACGAAAGCAACCAGCAGUCCUAUGGUGUGCCUUACGCAGCGGGACAGACUUACAGUAAACAUCAGUACUUUGGUCGAAGAUGCUGGACAGACUGGUUCGACAGAGACAACCCCUCUGGAACUGGAGACUGGGAAAACCUCUCCAAUCUUCGCAAAGAGAACCCAGGGAAGAUCUGCGCUAAACCACUGGAUAUUGAAGCCAGAACUCUACUUGGACUCAGUCCAGCUGCAGCAGGGGAGAUUAUUCACAAGAGUGACACAACUUCAGGAUUCAUCUGCAGAAACGAGGACCAGUGCAAGAAGAAAGGGUGUAGUGACUAUCGUGUUCGUUUCAGCUGCCCCAUCUCUUUCUGUGAUGGAGGAGGCCCGCGUCCAAAAUGCUGGACAGACUGGUUUGACAGAGACGACCCCUCUGGAAAUGGAGACUGGGAAAACCUCUCCAAUCUUCUCACAGAGAACCCAUGGAAGAUCUGCUCUAAACCACUGGGUAUUCAGGCCAGAACUCUAUCUGGACUCAGUGCAGCUGAAGUAGGGGAUGUGAUUUAUAAGUGA